UUCUGAUUUCUCUGAUUUCCAGUGUUGAACCAUGUUGGAGAUGCACUGGAGGCCAGGGCUCUACGAGACUUGUCAUUUCAGUGUUUUCUGCCUUCAGGUUCUUACUUGAAAUGAGUGGAAGAGUCUGAAAGAAAAUUAGUCCCAAAUAUGGGAUCUAUUUUUUUUUCUGGUUGACUGACUUUGGUCAAGAGCCUGGUUGGCUUGUCCAUCUUUUCUUUGGACACAUUAUCUCUGCUUCCUUUAUCCUUGUAAGCAAUUAGACUCUGAUGUUACCAGGCACCAUCAGUGAAGAACCACAGGUUGCACUUGGACCUUCCCCUUCAUUGAAGACAAACAAAAGUCCUAUAAUGUUAUGCUAUUUUUCCCAAUGCAUAUGUUUUAAGUAUGAAUAUCAUCUGCUGUGGAGGGAUUAUCAUGGAUAACUUCAAAUUCUGCUGAUCCUAUAAUAAUGCCCAUUAGUUCUAUGUCUUUAUUGCUCAUUGUUAGUAUGUAAGUAAUCCAUAACUACAUUGUACUUAUGUUGCAUUACGUAAUACUUACACUAGUAUUCAUGUUAAAGUCUUCUUUGAACUAGCUAACUUUCUCUGUUGAAAUGUGAAGAAUUGGACCUCAUUGAAAAAAAAGUAUUAAACAAAACAUGUUAUAUGUUAUAUCUUAUAAUGAAUAUACAUCUUAAAAUUUUAAAAAAUGUUUCAUAAAAGUUUUAUUACAGAACUAUAGUCAAAUAGUCUAUAAGGUAGGGUGUUUGGAUUGAGUUUUGAAUUUUGCUUUCUUUGACUAGAUUUUCAUUUUGUUUUGUUUCAUUUGUUUUAUUGUUGUUGCUGUUUUGUUUUUAGCAGACUGCAGAUAUCUAAAACAGGUCAUUAAAAACAAAACCCCCAAAUUCCUUAAGUUUUUAUGUCAUUAUCAACAAGACUUUUUAUAAAUCAUGAACUAAUAACUAAUAUUAUUUCAUGAAAAUACAUGUACCAUCUUCCCCAGAAAAAAAAUAAAGUUUAUUUUUAAAAACUAAAAACAUCAUAAUACCAAAAGUGAAAUGACCAUGAGAUGGAGUCACAAAGCUCUGGACAUUUCCCUGGAGUUCUGUUUCCCAAGAACAGUGAUGUCAUAAUGUCCUAUUGAGACUUAGGACCUGCUGGGCCACAAGAAGAAAGUCCUGAGGAGACAGUAGAUUGCUGGAUAAAUCACACCAAUUUCCCAAUGGAUUUUAUACUGUUGAUCAUUUUAUCUGGGGUUUUCCUCCCAGACAUUAUCAGUCUACAGCCCAUUGUGGGACAGGAGCCUGGUGUGACACUUUCAGAUGAAGAACAGUAUUAUGCAGAUGAAGAAAAUAAUACAGAUGGGAAUUCUGUUGCUUUACAUAAAUUGGAAGAGAAUGAAAUGGACACUCCUGCCAAUGAGAAAACUGGCAAUUAUUAUAAAGACAUAAAACAAUAUGUGUUCACCACACCAAACAUAAAAGGUUCUGAAGUAUCUGUGACUGCCACAACUAACCUGGAAUUUGCUGUGAAGAAGAACUAUAAAGCCAGCAAACCAACUGCCAGUGGAGAAGAAGAAAAACCUAGUGAAUCCUCUCGUAAAACCUCAACCCCCAAUAUACCUGCAUUUUGGACAAUAUUAUCUAAAGCUGUAAAUGAAACAGCAGUGAGCAUGGAUGAUAAAGAUCAAUUUUUUCAACCAAUUCCAGCCUCAGAUUUGAAUGCUACCAAUGAAGACAAACUGUCAGAGCUCGAGGAAAUCAAGCUGAAGUUAAUGCUGGGGAUCUCGCUGAUGACACUGGUUCUGCUAAUCCCCCUCUUGAUAUUCUGCUUUGCCACACUGUACAAACUGAGACACCUACGUGACAAAAGUUAUGAGAGUCAAUACUCCAUCAACCCAGAGCUGGCAACUCUAUCUUACUUCCAUCCAACAGAAGGUGUGUCAGAUACAUCUUUUUCGAAAAGUGCAGACAGCAACUCUUAUUGGGUCCACAAUUCUUCAGAGAUGAGGCGAUCAAGGACAAGAAGGUCAAAAUCUAAACCUAUGGAUUUUUCUGCAGGCUCCAAUCAAACAGUCUUAACCGACGAGUCAAGCUUCCUCCCUCCUGAGGAGACAAGAUUCCUCCUUCCUGAGGAGCCGGCUGUAGCUGACGGGGUCCAAUUGGAGGUCUGCUCCUCUGAGGCAAGACAAUGAAUUAAGACGGAGAAUUUCAGAGCUUACCAGCCUCGUGUGCUUUACUUUGCUGCCCGGGGUAUGUACUCACCAACGCCAUGCAUCUUAAGAUGACAUUUUUUUUUAAAAAAAAAAAGGGGGGGGG